UGCCUUGCUGGGGGAGGCUCUUUAGUCAUAUCUUAAGCAGGAGGAGGCCCAGGCUGCAUAAGGGGUUUCUGGACACACCCAGUCUUGGGAAAUUGAGUUGGCAUCUCCUUACCUCCCUUUUUCUCUGUAAAUAUUUAAUCCUCAAGCAGGGCCUGAGCAACUGUCAAAACCAACAAUGGGCAGGGGAAGGCUGAAAAAGAUGGGGAACACAGAAUCAGUGGGGGUGAAUUUAAAUAUUAUACCAAUUUGAGCAACUGGGAGGCUGCAACCAGGUGCUGUUGUCUAUACAUAGUCCCCCAAAACCCUUGGUUCCCUCCAGGAUCUUCAGUGGGUGUUAUUCUCUGCAGGAGCUGCCCAGGGGUCUCCCCUAGCUGACCAGCAUGAGGUGUUCCAGGUUCCGGAAGGCCGAGGUGGGCCUGUUUCUGGCCCUGGGCAGCGCUACCUUCCUCCUCCUCAUCUUCAUUCUGCACAUGGCACCACCCACCUGCCAGGUCCCAAAGGAGCCGCUGGGCACCCCCACACCUCUGACCUGGCAGGCUGUGCCCACCCACCCACCACCUGUCCCCUGCCAGGCCAAUGGCUCAGUGACUGCUCUGCCUGACUUUGCCAAACAGCCACAGCACGUGCGCAACUUCCUGCUGUACAGACAUUGCCGUGACUUCCAGCUGCUGCAGGACGCUCCACCGGACAAGUGCGCUCAGCCGGUGUUCCUGCUGCUGGCAAUCAAGUCCUCACCCCAAAAUUAUGAGCAGCGGGAGCUGGUGCGGCGCACUUGGGGCCAAGAGCGAGCUGUGCGGGGCCUCCAGCUGCGCCGCCUCUUCCUGGUGGGCACUGACCCCAACCCACUGGAGGCCCUCAAGGUCAACCGACUGCUGGCGAUGGAGGCGCAGGCACACGGGGACAUCUUGCAGUGGGACUUCCACGACUCCUUCUUCAACCUCACUCUCAAGCAGGUCCUGUUCCUACAGUGGCAGGCAACUCGGUGCACUCAAGCCAGCUUCUUUCUCAAUGGGGAUGACGACGUUUUUGCACACACAGACAACAUGGUCUCCUACCUGCAGGGCCAAGACCCUGACCACCACCUCUUUGUGGGGCACCUGAUCCACAAUGUGGGCCCCAUCCGGAAUCCCUGGAGCAAGUAUUAUGUGCCGAAGAUUGUGACACCAGAAGAACACUACCCGUCGUAUUGUGGGGGGGGUGGCUUUCUGCUGUCCCACUUCACUGCCGCUGCCCUAUACCGAGCCUCUGGUGCCCUGGACCUCUUCCCUAUUGAUGAUGUCUUCCUGGGCAUGUGCCUACAACAGGAGGGCCUGAAGCCUGCCUCCCACAGCGGCAUCCUCACGGCAGGUGUGCAAGUGCCCUCAGAACACCUGUCUUCCUUUGACCCCUGCAUCUACCAAAACCUGCUGCUGGUACACCGCUUCUUGCCCUACGAGAUGCUGCUCAUGUGGGAUGCACUGAGCCAGUCUGGCCUGACCUGUGGCAAGCUGACACAGAUCUAUUGAGGUGGAAUCAGGGACCCCUGCCCCUAGGCUGCUGUCUCCACCUCCAUAAGAAAGGCAGCAUCUUGGGCCUCCCUGGUGGCACAGGUGGUUGAGGGCCGCACUGUGAAGCUGUCCGCAGCCUCUGCAGUGCGGGUUCAAUCCCUGCCGGCCGGCAAGAAUCCAGCAUCUUCCUCCCAGGAAACAGACAUUUCCCUCCUAAGUGGGCAGGACACAGGACAGUGCCAGGGAGAGUUUGGUGCAUGAAUUGUCUGGCUGGCAAACUCCUACACAUCCUUCAAAACUUACCAGGUACUACUCAGACCAAGGUCCAGCAUAUUCCCCAGCAUCUUGUCAGCUAGAGUGACCCCAGAAAAUGUCUGGAGCAUUUCAGAAGCACUUCUGUAAGGGUUUCAGUUGCUACUGCAUUGAGGUCAUUUGAACUGAGGUGCCACUUCCCAGCCCUGACCUUGAUCACGAGCUGGACCCUAAGCAGUGGCCAUCCCCUUCUUGGUAAUGAACCUAUGGUAGUUUUAUGGUGAAUGGUUCAAGGCCAAUUGGGAAGUCCUGGGUCCACAUGAAGAUGAAGUGAGACACAUUUUUCAGGCCCUGAAAUAGGGAUUCUAUUCUUGACCCCUCAGAUGGUGGGAGGGAACAGACACUGUGGACUGGGACCGCCCCCGCUCCCUGCUUGUGGUACUAAGUGUCCUAUGGUGCAAGUGUUGGGCAGGGGAGGCCUGGACAGCCACCUGUUUGGGCUGUGGGAUCUCAAUAUCUGGCGACACUGGAAGGGCACAGACCUCAUACCUGUGCUCCCUAAGAAUACAAAGAACAGCAUUGGGAUUCACUGGACUCAAGGCCAGCACACACACUAUGCAACCUAGAGAAGGGGGAGAUUCGGGUUCUUAGGUGACUCAGAUCCCUGAUCCAGGAAUGGUCCCCACACUCUGUGUGUGUCAGCAUCAGGAGCUUCAAGCAAACCAUUGACUCCCUGCCCCACUAGCCAUGGGCAGGUGUCGGACUUGGGUUUCACAGGCAUUGGGUGGUGUGGUACCUCACAUGGCAGAGUGAGGACUGGCAUCCUCAGAAAAUAAAACAUUUCAUGAACACCUAGAGGUUGUUUUUUUAAGUGAUUUGCAAGAUUUAACUCAAACCAAUCUACAUACCUAAGUCUCAUUUUCAGUAGAAAAUACACACCAGUGAAAACAGCAUACGGAUGAGGUAAGCCUGCAGGGGUUUCUAUCAGGCAAAUCUGAUAUCUGAUCCCCUCUCACCACUGCUCACACACCCUCCAUGACUUCUGAUUGCCCUCAACUCAUCUUCCCCAAGACUAGGUCUCACUGCCAGCUUUAUGGCAGACUUAGCAAAGAGAAACACACCUGAUGGGACUGUCCUUGGUCAGGUGGGACACUGAGUUCACCUUGGCCUUCCACUUCCAGCAAGUUGGCUGAAACCUGCCCCAGCCACUACCAGGCUUACCUCCUUCCCCUGGCACUGCAACUCUACUAUCUUCUGUCCCACCUCCUCUCCUUGAGUAUUUAUUGUGCUCCUAUUGGGUGCUACACGCCUCACCCUGUAUUCUUCCUCCCAGCCCCACAGAAGGGUCAGCGAGUGCAUUCAAAUAGGAAAUCCUCAGAAGUGGUAAGAGAUUUAAGGAGAAUUAAAAUGGACAGGGCACAGACUGAAGGGGAUGAGCAUGAGCCGGGAGGACAGGGUACCAGGACUGCAGAGAUGACAUUGGAGCUGAGGCCACGGCCUUGAGGGAAAGGAGAAGAGCACUUAAAUAGUAAGCACAGCAUGUGCAAAGGUCCUGAGGUGGAAAGAGCUGGGAGCAUUUGAGCCACAAAAGGGAGACAGGACUGGAGCUGAGUAAGUAAAGAAGAUAGAAAAGGAGGGGGUACAGGUCUCAGGGGUUAGCCACAAGGGGCUUUAUGGGUUGAAGUAAGGGGAAAGGGUGCAUUUUGUACCACUGAAGGAUGGAAGUGACAUGAUUGAUUUCGAAGUUUUAAGAAGCCUGGUGGCUACAGUAGGAACUGUUGGAAGGGGAGGUGACAGCAUCCAGGUCUGGAGGAUGUGGGGACUGUAUCACAUAUCUCUGUGUUUCCCCAUUGCCCUGGGAGGGAGUCCUUCUCUCCCACUCUACCGAAGCAUGUCCCAUAAAACUGAAUGACAAAACUUGAUGUCCACUCACUCAAAAUAUGGCCUUUGGCAAUGGGAUCUUUGCAGAUGAAUUAAGGUAAGGAUGGAGAUAAAACCACUCUAGGGGCCUCCCUGGUGGCACAAGGGAUUAAGUCUCAGCACCAUGAAGUGAUUGGCAGCCUCUGCAGCAUGAGUUCAACCCCUAGCCAGGGAGAUGACACACAUGGCACAGCAGACCUCUCCAGUCUCACCCACUGCUCCUUUCAGCAGUGUUUUUUCAGUCAAUCUUCCUUUUCUGCUCCCCACUCUGUCUCUGGAGAAUCCUCUCACACUCCCACACCUCUGGCCUACACCCCAGCUCUUGUAUGCAUAAGUAAAAUAAAUCUUUAAAAAAUAUUAAGAGAAAACCCACCCUGGAUUAGGAUAGGCUCUAAAUCCAUUGAGAGGAACUUUAUAAAAGACACAGUGAGCACACAGAGAGAUGUGGAAUAGAAGGUGAUGUGAAGAUGGAGCUAAGGAUUGCCAACAGUCACCAAAAACUUGGAGAAGGGCCUGGGACAGAUUCUCCCUUAGAGUCUUUCAAAAAGAACCAAACUUGGGCCUCCCUGGUGGCGCAAGGGGUUAAGACAAAGCACUAUGAAGCUAUCCACAGCUACUGUUCGAUCCCGGCCAGGGAGGUGAGCCACAUGGCGCAGCAGACCUCUCCUGUCUCACCUGCUGCUCCCCUCAGCAGUGUAUUUCAGUAGAUCGUCUGU